AUGUCGUUUUUCAUAGACAACAACAGCGUGUCCCCGCAGGGCGUGUCGCAGCAGAGGCUCGAGCUCGCCGAGUUCCAAUACGACGGGCUGAACGGCCUUCUGGCGACAAUCCGCAAGACAUGCUGCCAGAAGUGCAUCCCGUUGGACUACGGGGAGGGCGACCUCACGAAGGGCGAGGCCGAGUGCACGAGCCGGUGUGUGGCGAAGUUCAUGCAGGGCCACAAGGUUAUCGGGAACUUUGUCGAGACGGGCCAGCGGCUCUCCGACAAAGACAUGAAGCACUACGAACAGAUCAAGAAGGACUAUCUCAGUAGUCCGCCGGACGCCCCAGCCGGCAGCACCGAGGCUGUUCCCGGGACGACGAGCAACAGCAAUGGCACCGCCACCGCCAUCGACCCGACCGAAACACAUGAGCAACGUUUGAAGCGAUUUCUGCUCUCCACGGAUCCGCAGACAGAGUACAAGAAGCACAAUUCUCAGGACGCCGCCAAACGGUUCCAGUACCUCCUUUCGUUGUCGCCCCUGUUUCGGUUCUUCAUCGACACCCGGGCGACAAACGACAAGGCCCUUCACCGCAUGGUCCGGCAGAUCGACCAGAAACACGCCACGGGAAAGCUGGGCAACGUCUCUUCUGCCGGACCAAACAUCUCCUCUACCACCAACCGUAGGAAGCGGAAGUCGGAGAAGGAGGAAGACGCAGAACUUAUCAACAACGAAGAAGACGAGAUGGAUGAGUCGGCGACUGGCUUUCUCUCCGAAAGCCCGAACUACGUCGACGGCACGUUGCGUGACUACCAGAUCCAGGGUUUGAAUUGGUUGAUCUCGUUGUACGACAACAGGUUGUCUGGUAUCUUGGCCGACGAAAUGGGCUUGGGCAAGACCUUGCAGACAAUCUCGUUCCUCGGGUACUUGCGCUACUACAAGAAGAUUGACGGACCGUUUUUGGUUAUUGUACCCAAAUCCACCUUGGACAACUGGCGGAGAGAGUUCGCCAAAUGGACUAAAGACGUCAACGUGGUCGUUCUACAGGGAGAUAAAGAGAAGCGUGCAGACAUUAUCAAUAACGUUCUCCUCCAGGCAAAGUUUGACAUCUGCAUCACAAGUUUUGAGAUGGUCAUCCGUGAGAAGGCCAAGUUAUCCAAGUUCCGCUGGCAAUACAUGGUAAUUGACGAAGCUCAUCGAAUCAAAAACGAGCAGUCCUCCCUCUCGCAAAUCAUCAGACUUUUCUACUCUAAAAAUAGGUUGCUUAUUACGGGAACUCCCUUGCAGAAUAAUUUGCACGAGCUUUGGGCGUUGCUCAACUUCUUGCUUCCUGAUGUUUUCGGUGACAAUGAGAUCUUCAACGAGUGGUUUGAGAAAACAGAGAGCAAAAAUGAUGAAAACGGGGAAGAACAAGAAGACGAAGAAGGAAACGGAAAAGCAGAUACGGAUGGCGUAAAAGGAGGCGGGGAUAAAGAAGCAGUUAAUAAGCUUCGUAAAAUCCUAUCGCCUUUCCUUUUACGUCGUGUAAAAGCCGACGUUGAAAAGAGUUUGUUGCCCAAGCAGGAAAUCAACGUCUAUGUCGGAAUGACUGCGAUGCAAAUCAAGUGGUACAGAAACCUUUUACAGAAGGAUAUCGAGGCAGUCAAUGGGCAAGUGGGCAAACGUGAAGGGAAAACGAGACUUUUGAACAUUGUGAUGCAACUCAGAAAGUGUUGCAACCAUCCGUAUCUUUUCGAAGGUGCAGAACCUGGUCCGCCCUAUACCAAUGGUGAGCACUUGGUCCUCAACGCCGGUAAGAUGGUUGUCCUAGAUAAACUAUUGAGAAAAAUGAAGGAAGAAGGCUCAAGAGUUUUAAUUUUCUCGCAGAUGAGUAGAUUACUAGAUAUUCUGGAAGACUACUGUUACUUGCGUGAUUAUCAAUAUUGCAGAAUCGAUGGUUCUACAGACCAUGAAGACAGAGUUAGUGCAAUAGAUGAUUACAACGCUCCAGAUAGUGAUAAAUUCAUAUUCCUAUUGACCACGCGUGCCGGUGGUUUGGGUAUCAAUUUGACAACUGCUGAUGUUGUUGUUUUGUUCGACUCAGAUUGGAAUCCGCAGGCAGAUUUGCAAGCAAUGGACAGAGCACAUCGUAUAGGGCAAAAGAAACAAGUGAAGGUAUUUAGAUUCGUUACCGAGAAUGCAAUCGAGGAGAAAGUGCUUGAAAGAGCAGCGCAGAAACUCCGUUUGGAUCAAUUGGUGAUCCAGCAGGGACGCAGCCGGUACAGUGACGAGAGAAAAGACAGCUCCAAUAACAAGGACGACUUGCUUAACAUGAUUCAGCACGGUGCUCAGAAAGUACUAGAUAAUGACGAAGGCUCCAUGGGGUUGAAUGAUGAUAUCGACGCCAUCCUAUCUCGUGGUGAAGAAAAGACCAAGGAGCUGAACGCCAAGUUUGAGAAGCUUGGGCUUGAUGAUUUGCAGAACUUCAAUGGAGAACAGCCGUCGGCUUACGAGUGGAAUGGUGAGAACUUCGCUGAAAAGAAAUCGAAAGGUGUGGGUAUCUUCCUUAACCCUUCGAAACGUGUCAGGAAGGAGCAUCAGUAUAGUGUAGAUGGUUAUUACAAGGACGUUAUGAGCCAGAUGAAAGCACCCAGCACGAAGCCUAGUGUACCAAGGCCUCCGAAACAGUUCCAAUUGAUGGAUUUUCAAUUCUUCGAUCUCAAACUAAACGACUACUUUGAGAAAGAGAUGCUAGCGUAUAGGAAGCGGGUGAACUACAGAGUCGGUGAAGAGGACCUUGAUUUUGAAAACAAAAAGUACGAAGGGUAUGAUCCCGAGGAGUUCAAGAAGUUGAAUAAAAAGGAACAGAAAAGCGUGAUCAAGGAUAUUGUCAGUAGCGAGCAGGCAAAGAUCAACGAGAGCGAGCCAUUCACCGAGGAGGACAUGCAGGAGAAGCGGAGGUUGAUUGAAGAAGGGUUCGGAGAUUGGAACAAGAGAGAGUUUAUGCAGUUCAUCCACGGCUGCGCCAAGUACGGCUCAAGAAACUACAAGGAGAUCAGCAACGACGUGAAGGGCAAGGACGAGGACGACGUGCGUCGGUAUGGAGAGGUGUUUUGGAGACGGCACAAGGAGAUCGAGGGCUGGGAGAGAUACCUGAAGGAGAUCGAGAUCGGCGAGCGCAAGCUGGAGAAGAGCAAGAUGCAGAGCGAGAUCUUGAGAGGCAAGAUCAAGGAGGUCAAGUACCCGAUCGAGGAGCUCACGAUCCAGUACCCGCCCAACAACUCCAAGCGCAUGUACUCCCUUGUCGAGGAUCGGUACCUGUUGAUCAAGGCCGACGAGUACGGGCUCACGAACCAGCACUUGUACGACCUCAUCAAGCAGGACAUCAUGAGCGAGGAACUCUUCCGCUACUGCUUCUACUUCAAGUCACGCACCACCAACGAGAUUGCCCGCAGAAUCGCCACCUUGCUUCUUGCUGUUUCCCGGGAGGUCGAGGGCCCGGACGCGUUCAAGCGCAAGAGGAAGCCCGGCGCCCGCCUCGACAGUGCUGCCGACAGCGCCAUCUCGAGCCGCCAGCAGAGCGCCGACGUUGACGCUGACGUCGACGUCGACGACACCGGCACGCCCUUCGAGUCCAACGGCCACGCUGCCGACGACCACGCCAAGCGGCGCAAGAUCGAGGAGCUCAGCACCGUCUGA